UGUUUUAUAUAUAUUUUUAUUUUCAAACAAAACAUGUACUUUUGGUGUAAUUUUACUAAAUUCAAACAUGAAAACUGUUUUAAUGGUCGCAGAGAAGCCUUCCCUUGCACAGUCAAUUGCAAAACUUUUGUCAAAUGGCAAAAUGACAACGCGAAAAGGUUUGAACGGCGCUUGCUCUGUUCACGAAUACAAUGGUACCUUUCAAGGCACGACAGUGAAAUUUAAAGUGACUUCUGUUUGUGGUCAUGUCAUGGCGCUGGAUUUCCACCAUAAGUACAACAAUUGGGAUGCGGUCAAUCCGGUCGAACUCUUCCAAGCAGAAACGCUGAAAAAAGAGGCUAACCCAAAACUGAAUAUGGUGAAAUUUUUACAACAAGAGGCAAAAGGGGUUGACAUUGUUGUGUUGUGGUUAGAUUGUGACAAAGAAGGGGAGAAUAUUUGUUUCGAAGUUUUGGAUUGUGUCGAACCGGUCAUGAAUACAACACGGUCCAACCAGCAAACAGUAUUUCGAGCAAAGUUUUCUGCCAUUACAGAAUCUGAUAUCAAGCUUGCUAUGAAUACUCUUAUCGAACCCGAUGAAAACCAAGCCCGCUCAGUCGACGCCCGACAAGAACUUGACCUGAGAAUCGGCUGUGCAUUUACAAGGUUUCAGACAAAGUAUUUUCAAGGAAAGUACGGGGACCUUGAUAGUAGUUUGAUUUCAUAUGGCCCUUGUCAGACUCCCACCCUGGGUUUCUGUGUUCAGCGGCAUGAUGCCAUUACUUCAUUUAAGCCAGAACCAUUUUGGGUUCUGCAAUUGAAAGUGGAAAGUUCGCUUGGACGAACGUUUGCAUUAGAUUGGGAAAGAGUUCGAGUUUUCGAUAAGGAAGUGGCGACGGUUUACUACAGUAAAGUUCAAGAAGUGCAAGAAGUCAUCGUCGAGAGUAUCUCAAAGAAGGAAAAAGCAAAGCAACGGCCACAAGCAUUGCAUACGGUUGAAAUGCUUCGUGUUGGUUCAUCAGCAUUAGGCAUGGGACCACAGCAUACAAUGCAGAUUGCAGAAAGCCUGUAUACCCAGGGAUACAUCAGUUACCCAAGAACGGAAACCACCCAAUAUCCCGAAAAGUUUGAUCUUCGCGGAACCCUGCAGCAACUUCAAGGAGGAGCAGCAUGGGGUGCUACUGUCCGAGAGCUAUUGCACACAGCGAUGAACAAGCCUAGGAAAGGUCAUGAUGUUGGCGACCACCCCCCUAUCACACCAAUGAGGCUUGCAAGGGAGGGUGAGUUGAGUGGAGAUGCUUGGAGGUUGUAUGACUACAUCACCAGACAUUUUAUUGCAACUUUGAGUCCCGAUUGCAAGUACCUCCAAACGACGAUUUCUUUUACAGCUGGUGAAGAAUCGUUUAGUUUCAGCGGUAAGACCCCAAUUGAUCCUGGGUUUACAUCCAUCAUGCCUUGGGCGGCCAUUCCUGUUGAGGAAACCAUCCCUCCUCUCGAGAAAGGUGCGACAUGCAAGGUGUCUGAAUUGAAAGUUGCCGAGCGACAAACGUCCCCACCGGACUACCUCACAGAAAGCGAGUUGAUCACCCUGAUGGAGAAACACGGCAUUGGGACAGAUGCCAGUAUUCCAGUCCAUAUCAAUAAUAUUACCCAGCGAAACUACGUCCAACUGCACAGCGGUCGUCGGCUUGUCCCAACUUCACUUGGCAUCGUGCUGGUUCAUGGUUAUCAGAAAAUAGACCAGGAAUUAGUUUUGCCUACAAUGAGAUCAUCUGUUGAAGGAACACUAAAUCUUAUUGCAGUUGGCAAAGCAAAUUUUGAUGCAGUACUGUCACACACAAUUGAUAUUUUCUGCCGAAAAUAUUUGUAUUUCGAGAAGUGUAUAACCAACAUGGAUGAACUGUUUGAGGUUUCAUUCACCAAGCUAGCAGACACAGGCAAGGCCUUGUCUCGUUGUGGCAAAUGUGUUCGUUACAUGAAGUUAGUGAGUGCUAAGCCAAUUAGACUGCACUGCUCUCAUUGUGAUGAAACAUACAGUCUGCCUCAGAAUGGAACUAUUAAGUUAUACAAAGAGUUAAAAUGCCCUUUAGAUGAUUUCGAGCUGGUAGUUUGCUCGACAGGCAGUCAAGGCAAGACGACCCCAAUUUGCCCGUACUGCUACAAUAAUCCACCCUUCCCCAGCAUGAAGAAAGGUAUGGGCUGUCCCGAAUGUCGUCAUCCCAGUUGCAAAUUCUCACCCGCCACCCUCAGUGUCUGCCCGUGUCUGACAUGUGAAGAGGGUAUGGUCGUCAUGGACACCAUGUCUGGCCCAAAAUGGAAAAUGGCUUGCAAUAAAUGCAACAUGGUGCUUCACGUAUUUGAGGAUGCCUUUAAGGUGUCUUUAUCAGAAGACGGUUGUGACGAAUGUGGUGCAUCGCUCAUCGACGUCACAUUCCAUCGGAACAAGUCUCCCCUCCCAGGUGACAAAACAGAACACACCGGUUGUGCAUUCUGUGACCCUGUUCUUGUGCCGAUGGUGAAGUUUGAUAUGGCAAAAGGACGGCAUCCAAUGUUUCGUCGUGGCCGAGGGGGCAAACGAGGGCGUGGACGGGGCAGGCGUGGCAGAAGGGGACGAGGCAAACCCAAGGACAAAAUGGCACAGCUUGAUGCGUUUUUCUUGUGAACAGUGUUGAGUAUAGAAUUUAACAGUUGUUUAUUAACUAAAGGUUGUUUGAUAUUAAUAGUGGACAGUGUUUAAAAAACAUGUUUGGUACAUGUAUAAUGUCCAUAGCAUUUGACAUAUUUAAAGUAUCGAUCAGUCUUACAGCUCGAUCAGUCUUACAGGUAAACUACGUGAAGCGUUCCUCUUUUGACUUCCUAACUCAUUUGGAAUUUUCUUCAUUAGCUUAGCAAAUUUGAAAAACUCUUUGCAAAUGCCUUGAGGGAAUUUGAAAUGUUCCUGUCUGCUGUUGCAAUAUUCCAAUGCAAAAAACUUCAUUUUAAAUUUUCCUAACUUCCUGUUUUAAUUUCCUGACUUCCUGUUCUGUUCAGAGCGUUGUCAUUGGUGGAUUAUUUUUGUUAGCCAAUAGCAACACGCAGAACAGAACAGGAAGUUAGGAACUUGUAACAUGAAGUUAAGAACUUGUAACGGAAACUGAGGAAAAUUUAAUUGGCUUUUAAUAACAUUGCAAAAGUAAUGAGGAAAAUUGCAAUCAAUUUAGAAACUCAAAACGCUUGACGUAGUUUACCUGUAAAUCUUAUACAAAUCUAACUGUUGAGCUGAUCAAAAUCCAUUAGAUUAAUUAAAUGCUCUUAAUUUGAGAUUCUUACUUUGAGUUAUAUGAAAUUUAUGGUAUACUGUUCGUUGCAGGUAUCUACUUUAGAGUUUUUGAAAUUUUAAAAAUGACAAUUAACUUUAAGGUGGCAAAUUAUUCAUUGAUAUAGGUUACCAUGUUAUGGAAUGUAAUCAAAUUUUUUAAUAAUGAUUUGUUCUUGAAGAUUGUGAGAAGC